AAUAUUUUAUGCCAUGAGUGACCCUACCAUACCUCUCGAUGCGAUAGUAAUUGAGCCUAAAGAGUCUACCCGCAACUCGCACAGCUCUUCAAUAAAUGUCUCAGCCCAAUGUGCACCGGACGAAAACAAAAGCGCUCUAGACGAGGAUCAGGAGCCGCGACAUGACCCAGCAAGAACGAUAGAUACCUUUGAUAAAGCGACGUUGCAUCGACUGUCUAUGAGCUACUUUCUGACGACUUGGAGCGUCAGGAUGGAUGAGUGGGCGACUGCUCUCUUUUUAUCCUAUAUAUUUCCGCACACUCUUCUGACCGUCUCUCUAUAUGGAUUCCUCGUCACAUUGUUUGCCAUUCUUUUCAGCUCGACAGUUGGUUCUGUGGUUGACAAAGUACCUCGCCUUAAAGCCAUUCGCAUCUUCCUUGUGUUGCAAAAUCUCUGCAUAGCGGCUUCAUCACUGGUCUUGUAUGCAAUAACCCUGCGGUUUGGAUUGAAUGUCAAUAGGACGAUGACAUAUAUCCUGUAUUCAGGAAGUCUGUUGCUGGGUAUUGCCUUGCGACUGGCGAAUAUUGGAGAAGUUGUAUCCGUGGAACGCGACUGGGUGGUGGUUAUUGCCCACGCCGACACGUCGGCAUUAAGUAGUAUGAACGCCUACCUUCGUCGAAUAGACUUGCUGUGCAAGGUUGCAGCGCCCCUCGUGGUGUCUGGUAUAGCCGAAGCUCUUUCCACACCGAUUGCCAUGCUAGUGACUGCUGGUUGGAGCAUUCUAACUGCUCCUCUUCAGUGGUGGCUGAUUUGGCAAGUGUAUCGCCGCGUUCCAGCCUUGGCCAUCCCAAAGACAGCCAGGGAGUCAACAGAGCAACGUGCGGACUCUUCUGCUGUGGGUCUUACCGAUGUCGAUCCCAGCGUCAACCAUUCAUCCCCCGUAGCGAGCUCCGUACGAUCAUGUUGGGAUCAAUGGGCCCGCUUUUUUCGGCACCCUGUGUUCCUUUCGUCCCUGGCCAUUGCUCAACUUUACAUGACAGUGCUGUCCUUUGGACCAGUAAUGAUUUCAUAUCUGCUUGCACAAGGAUACUCCUCGGCGCUUCUCGCCGGUAUGCGCAGUAUUGCGGUGCUUGCGGGUAUAUCUGCCACCAUUGCUAUGCCGCGUAUGGUCGCCCGCAUCGGCCUUGUGCGGACCGGACUAUGGGCAAUCUGGAGUGAGCUCUGGUCACUGGUGCCAGUUGUGAUUUCGUUUUGGAUGCCUGUAGGGGGAGUUGCGGCAGGAGUCAUGAUGUUUGCUGGUACUACGUUGUCACGGUUUGGACUGUGGACUUUUGAUAUGACCCAAAUGCAGAUCAUGCAGGAAAGGGUUGACGCAGCGGAAAGCGGAGUUAUCAACGGAAUGCAAUACUCUAUGCAGAAUUUCUUUGAACUGCUGGCGUUCAUGACAACAAUUGUUUGGAAUGAUACUGACUCAUUUUACAUUCCUGCCAUCCUUACUGCUGCGGCAGUCGCAUCUGGUUCAUUAACUUAUUCCGUCUUUGCUCUUCGAAAUCGCGGGCAUUUGUUUCAUUUUGAAAAGCUGGCGCGAUGGGGAAUAUCACCGCCUCGAAGAGAGUCUGGGAGAAUUUGAUCUCGCCUAUUGAAUUCCAAUGUUAUGGACAAUAUUGUGCUUUGCGUUUCAGCCAAAACAUGGGACAUAAAUUAUGUAUUGCUAAUACUGAGCCAGCUUGCUGCCUUCUACUUGCCUUAGAUAAUAAGAAUUAUAACAUUCUACUAAA